AUGGCUGAAUCUUCACCCCACGACACCGCGGUGGAAGAACAAUUGAAGUCUCUUUCACUUGAGUCCUCGAUAGAAAAUGUUUUUCGUCAGAGCACCCCGUUGUCUCCCGAACAACAGGCACAAUCGUUGAGUGAUUUAGUCAAGGCCUCGCAGAAGCAAGAAACUUCUGGUGAUCUACGUGAAGUGUUGUUAGAUGACGCAGAGACGUUCUUGAAGGGCCUCUACCGUGUUGGGGAUUCAAGAGGCUUGGUACUUAUCAAUACACUUGGCAGCUCCAGGUCCACCAAUGACGCAUUGAUUAAUAACCUAUUGAACACUAUCAAGGUGGUGAUAGCCAACAAGAAUGUGGAUACGAAAUUCUACUUGUCUAUCUACGUUGCGGUGAUAUCUAAUUUCAACCACAUCAAUUUCCAGCAUCUAGGACUAUUUCUUACGUUGUUGAACCCCUUGAAGGAAAAUUAUAGAGACGUUUCGUCUUUGAUUCUCCUAAUUGUCAUCAGAAAUUUAAGCCAAAACCGCGCUCUGUCCACCAAGACCAUCUCAGAAGUGCUAGAACUUUAUUUGGAUGACUCACAUCUUGAGAUCUCCCAGUUUUUGACUUUCAUUAAUAUUCUUAGCACAUUGUUCCCCAUAGUUCCAGAAGUAACAACUCCGAUUUACACGUCCGAAAAGACAAAAGAACAUAUAUUGAGCCAAAUAUCCCGUAUUGUGGUCAACAAUAAGCUUACUUUGGAGUAUCCAAAUCAUGUGUUAGUUGCCACUGAAAUACUUAAGCUCGUGUCGACAUCCUGCAUCACAGAAGAGAGUAGAACCUACAAUUCCAAGGAAUACUUUGACUUGCUCCAGGUUGGUGCAAAAGUCAAGACCAACGAAGAGGUUAAAUUACUUUCUUCUUUGGCACUUGUGAAAGUAUGGAGUUUCGUCCAAAUGGAUAAAAAGAAGCAGGAGGAGCAGGUAAUUGGAAUCGCCGAUUUCACUAAUAAUUUCUUGGAUUACAUAAAAGCUUACAACAAGGACCCUAACGAAGUCUUUUUGGAGUAUGCUGUGGAGGGAUUGGCAUAUUUGUCAUUAAAUGCUACUGUGAAGGCGAUAUUGAGAAGUGACGAGGACUUAUUAGGUGAAAUCAUUCUGUUGAUAAAGAAAAAAUCAGAUGUCAAUUCUACUGAUGCAGCAUCAAUUGGAACCAAUAACUCUUUAGUAUACGGCUUAGUUACUGUGCUUGCCAACUUGUCUAAAUUGAAAGAGGCCAACCAAACGAACAGGAGAACAAUCAAUUACUUGAAAUCUGUCGCUACCCCAGGCUCAAAAGAUUCCGAACAAGAGAAUCGACAAGAAAUACAGCUUUUUAAUAAGUCGAUUCUUCUCAACUAUAAAAUUGUUGAAGUCCUUACCCAAAUCAAAUCCUACAAAGAGGAAGCAGUUUCGAAUGCAUCAGACGUCACGCCAAAUAACCUCGUUAACCAAGUUGUAUUCAUAAUUUAUUCCAUAGCAAAAGGUCAAGAAAGAGAAGUUAGAAGUGAGUUGGUUAAACAAGGUGGACUAAGUUUCAUUUUAAGCUUCUUGAUAAAGCACACAGCUAUCCAGAAAAAUGGAAAUGGUGAAACUAGACCAAUAAAUUCAAAUUCUAAUUUGAUUGAAACAAGAUUAUGCGCCUUGCGUUCGCUAUCAAAGAUUCUCAUCUCAGUGAACCCUAGCGUAGCAUUCACAAAAUAUGAUGUCAGAACAGCAGUGCCAUUUUUGAUAGAAUUGUUAGGCCCAGAUAUCACCAAAUACACUGGAGCAUUGAACAACACCCAAUCACCAGAACAAUACCUCCAUGAGAUGACAGAUCUUGAUAAGUAUGAAUCCCUCUUGGCCCUCACGAACCUUUCUUCCGAUGAGAAGAACUCUGAGCUCAGGAAAUUGAUAAUCGUAAAGUCAUUUGAUAGUUACUUGAAUAACUUUAUUAUUGAUUCCGACAAUUUCAAAAUUCAACAGGCAAGUUGGGAACUAAUCACAAAUUUAAUUGUGGAACCUAGUUUGCUAGUUAAAUUCUUCAAUAUUGAGGCUGGUUCUGAUGGCAAAGUUAACCAAGAGAACUUAAGCAGGUUAACCCUAUUAAUCAAGUUAUUGAAUUCUGAGGAUGAAUCUUUUCAAAUAGUAAUUGCAGGAUUGUUGGCAAACGCAACCUCUGAAUUUGAACCAAUUCCUCAAAUUUUAGUCAAGAACGAAAUGAUAAAAAACGAAUUGGUUGCAAUCAUCUCUGAUAUAUUUAUCAAUCAAACUACAAGAGACGAUUUAAUAUUGAGAUCCAGCUAUAUUUUGAUGAAUUUAGUAUUUUCUGUGAGUGAUAUGGAAACUGAUGAGUUGCUGUGGUUCGUUGCAAAUGAAAAACUUAAAGUUGCAGUUACCACCGUUAUCAGGCAAAAUAAAAGGAGAGAUAUAUUGGAGGUAUUGAUAGAUGUUCUCAAGAUGAUCAAGUAG